CUUCCACAAAAGCAAAACCCGCAGCAGCCGCAGCAGCAUCACCUUCGUCGUCACCAGCUCAAGUCCGGUCGAACUUUCGCCGUGUUCCCGAUUUUGUGUAAGCAAACGUUUUCAUCAACUUCGCACCACCUCGGUCGUUCGGCUGGAUUUGUGUUUUCCGUGUCCUUCCUCCGUUCAUUGCUUCAGUUACGAGCUCCUGCAGAUUGAUCUCAGGACCGAGACCCAGCGCAACAAAUCCCGAUUCCCAACAGCCCCCUUUGCUCCACGUAGCACGAACACCUUCGAGUUGUUUCGAUAAGAGACACGGACACGCGGCGCUCGCUGGUCGAAUCAUCCGUUAUCACCCUUUGCGGACCAACAGAACAUUCCGAUAGCGGAAACCCCUGCAUUUUUCAUUAAGACACACAUUCUGUUCGCUCGUACAACACAACACCUCAGCAUAAUAAUGGCACCCCAGCAGCGAAUCAAAGUCGCCAACGAGAAGGCCAGCAAGAACAUUACGAUGCGUGGCAACGUGCCUAAAUCGACGAAGAGCGCCGACGAGAAGUACCCGGUUGGUCCGUGGCUGUUGGCCCUGUUCAUCUUCGUCGUGUGCGGUUCCGCGAUAUUCCAGAUCAUUCAAUCGAUCCGCAUAGCGUAAGAAGCGUCGUCGGUUGGGCGCGCCACUCAACUACCGCAGUCAGAGCGCCUACUGCAGCAGCAUAAUCACACAACCUUAACCAUUCUGUCUCCCUCGACUUGACACCGUUUGGCUCGGGCUUUUUCUUGGGCCUUUCUCUUGAGCUUAAUUGAUAUUUUUGCUUUCAUUUUACCGUCCACUGGAAUGGAACUGCAGAACGAGGCGUUCCACCGACGACAACUGAUGAUCGAUUAUGGAUGGUUCCCCUUCACCACCCCGUAUCCCAGCAGUGAGGUGCAGGAGGUGUGCAUAGUUUUUAGCUGAUUUGUAAACUCGCGUUGCGGCGCGACCCCGGUUUAGUGUUUUUGUGUUGUUGGUUCCAUGUAAAUUGUACUCCCUCUCUCUCCUUCUCUUUACAAAAGUGCAAUGUUUGUUUGUUUAAAUUUGAACCCCCCACUGUGUAACAAUGCGUCCACGCACUGACUGAUGUUUUGUAAAUGCUUUUCUGUUUGCAAUUAGUACACGGUUGCAAGGCGCAAGUUAGCGUUGAAGAAGAAGAGUGCUUUAUUUUCUCCAUUUCUCAUUCGCACAUCAUCGGACACCGAAUGCCUUGCGCGGUUAACGAUAACUCAGAAUCAGAGAACAGCUGAAAUACGCAGCCAACACAUACGUACAUUUAGUCGCGCAAAUCGCUUGCCCUGGUAGUCUGGCUUUUGUUCCAGACGGGAGGAAAUAUGCCGCUGGAGGAAUAUGUGAUGCGUGAUCUGGGUGUUGAAACAGUAGAAUCAGGCAAAAAUCCCCCUACCGAGAGCCCCGGACAGUUGAAUCUGUGUAGAAUCAGAAGAAGUUGAAGCAGGUAACAGGAAACAAUGAUAACCUCCCCGUGUAAUACGCGCCUCAAGCUUUGAUCGUGGCCUCGUGCAGUGUUUACGGCGAAACACCACGCGCGAUCAAGUGCUUUUUGACCAACUCUCGUCUCUGUCUCAUUUCUCGCUGUUACGCGUACGUGUCGUGUGAUAUACAUGCACGGAAAACAAAAAGAAACCCUCACAAAACAACAAAAAAGAAACGCCACUUUCCGACAGCAUAAUAUCCUUUUUCGUAUACUUGCUAGAAGGCCACGGCGGUGGCAGAAAAGGCAGAUGAAAAAUUCAAGUAUAUACAUUAAGAGAAAACGAAAACGGAACACAAAUCGACACAACUAAUUUGGUGAACAAUUAUAUAUUAUCAAUGUGAAAACACAAACAA